AUGAAAUAUAUAACAAGAGAUAUAAUAACUUCUAAUACAAUAGAAGAAGUUGCUACAACUACAGCAGCACCAAACUACUUAAAUGAUUUUUUUAUAGAUUUGUUGUGGUUUAUUAUAAUUCAAAUUUUAGUAAUUAUUCUAAUUAUUGUACUUGCUAUUCUAAUAAUUUUAUUACUAGUCUUUUUUAAUACUGGGUGGGAAGAAGUUAAAGAUUUUAUGUUAAAUAUAGCCUAG